AUGGCUGAGGAAAACACUUUUUUCAACUUCUCCAAGGAGGAGGAGAAGGUUAUUGAGCAAUGGGAUAAAAUCGACGCUUUCCAAAGAACGCUCGAUUUGACCAAAGAUCUCCCGCCUUUUGCUUUCUUCGAUGGUCCUCCAUUUGCAACCGGUACUCCCCACUACGGUCACAUCUUGGCCUCCACGGUCAAGGACAUUAUUCCUCGUUAUGCUACAAUGAACGGUCACCACGUUGAGAGACGUUUUGGCUGGGACACCCACGGCUUGCCCGUUGAGCACGAGAUUGACAAAAAGCUCGGUAUCACUGGUAAAGACGAUGUCAUGAACAUGGGCAUUGACAAGUACAAUGCUGAGUGUCGUUCUAUCGUCAUGAGAUACGCUGACGAGUGGAGACAAACUAUCCGUCGUUUGGGUCGUUGGAUCGAUAUGGACAAUGACUACAAGACCUUGUACCCAGAGUUCAUGGAGUCCGUGUGGUGGGCUUUCAAGGAGUUGUUCCAGAAGGACGCUGUCUACAGAGGUUUGAGAGUCAUGCCUUACUCUACUGGCUGUACUACCCCAUUGUCUAACUUUGAAGCUCAGCAGAACUAUAAGGAUGUCAAUGACCCUGCCGUCACCAUCGGUUUCCCAUUGAUUGAUGACGAGAACACCUGGUUGGUCGCCUGGACCACCACUCCAUGGACCUUGCCAUCCAAUAUCGCUCUUGCUGUUCACCCUGAGCUUGAGUAUGUCAAGAUUUUCGACGAGGAGAAGCAGAAACACUACAUCUUGUUGGAGCAGUUGAUCAAGACUUUGUACAAGAAGCCUGCUGCUGCCAAGUACAAGGUUGUGGAGAAGAUCAAGGGUAAGGAGUUGGCUGGUCUCAAGUACAAGCCAGUCUUUGACUACUUCUACGAGACUUUCCAGGAGCACGGAUUCAAGGUCAUUUUGGCUGACUACGUUACUGACGACUCUGGUACCGGUAUUGUUCACCAGUCUCCAGCUUUUGGUGAGGCCGAUUUUGCCGCUGCCACCGAGGCUGGCAUCAUCAACGAGAAGAGAGUUCCACCUAACCCUGUUGACGACAACGGUAAGUUCACAGACGACGUCAGCGACUUUGCUGGUGUCUACGUCAAGGACGCUGACAAGUUGAUCAUCAAGAAGUUGACUGAAAACGGUAGACUUUUGCUCUCCACUCAAAUCAAUCACUCGUACCCAUUCUGUUGGAGAUCUGACACUCCUUUGUUGUACAGAACGGUGCCUGCCUGGUUUGUUCGUGUCACUGAUGUCAUUCCACAAAUGUUGCUGAAUGUUGAGAAGACCAACUGGGUUCCUUCUAACAUCAAGGAGAAGAGAUUCUCUAACUGGAUUUCUAACGCCAGAGACUGGAACAUUUCUAGAAACAGAUACUGGGGUACUCCAAUCCCAUUGUGGGUCAGUGAUGACCUCAAGGAAGUUGUCUGUGUUGGUUCCAUCGAGGAGUUGAAGACCUUGUCUGGUCGUGAUGACAUUACUGACAUCCACAGAGAGAGCAUUGACAACGUUACUAUCCCAUCUAAGCAGGGCAAGGGUGACUUGAAGAGAAUUGAGGAGGUGUUUGACUGUUGGUUUGAGUCUGGAUCUAUGCCUUAUGCUUCCAAGCACUACCCAUUCGAGAAGAAAGAGUCUUUCCAUGACGCCUUCCCAGCUAACUUCAUUUCUGAGGGUUUGGACCAGACAAGAGGUUGGUUUUACACCCUUACUGUCUUGGGUACCCAUUUGUUCAACACCGCUCCAUACCAGAACGUCAUUGUUUCUGGUAUCGUUCUUGCCAGUGAUGGUAAGAAGAUGUCUAAGCGUUUGAAGAACUACCCAGACCCAAGCAUUGUGUUGCAGAAGUAUGGUGCUGAUGCUUUGAGAUUGUACUUGAUCAACUCUCCAGUCUUGAGAGCUGAGACUUUGAAAUUCAAGGAGGAGGGUGUCAGAGAAGUUGUCUCUUCCGUCUUGUUGCCAUGGUACAACUCUUUCAAGUUCUUGAAGGACUCUGCUGAGGUUUUCAAGAAGGAGAAUGGCGAGGACUUUGUCUACGACUCAUCCUUGACCUCCACCAACGUGAUGGAUAGAUGGUUGUUGGCUUCUAUCCAGUCGUUGGUCAAGUUCGUCCACGAGGAGAUGCGCAGCUACAGAUUAUAUACCGUUGUUCCUAAGUUGUUGGCCUUGAUUGACAACUUGACCAACUGGUACAUCAGAUUUAACCGUCGUCGUAUCAAGGGUUACACCGGUGAGGGUUUGGAUGACACCAAGAAGGCUCUUAACACCUUGGCUGAGGCUUUGUUCAUCUUGUCCAGACUCAUGGCACCAUUCACCCCAUUCUUGGCUGAUGGUAUCUACCAAAGAUUGAAGCCUUUCUUCUCUACUAAGGACUUGGAGGGAUUCUCAGUCAAUCCUAACAUCAAGGACUCUGGUUCCGUCCACUUCUUGGCUUACCCACAAGUGAGAGAGGAGUUGUUCGAUUCCGAGAUUGAGCUUGCUGUCUCGAGAAUGCAGAAGGUCAUUGAUUUGGGUAGAAACAUCAGAGAGAAGAAGAUGAUCUCCUUGAAGACUCCAUUGAAGGAGUUGGUGAUUUUGCAUUCCGACGCCUCCUACUUGAAGGACAUUGAGUCUUUGAAGGGUUACAUUCUUGAAGAGUUGAACGUCAGAAACCUCGUCAUCACUGAUGACGAAGCUGCAUAUGGUGUUGAGUACAAGGCUGUUGCUGACUGGCCUGUUCUCGGUAAGAAGUUGAAGAAAGACGCCAAGAAGGUCAAGGCUGCCUUGCCAAACGUCUCUUCUGAGGAUGUGAAGAAGUUUGCUGAGACUGGUAAACUUACCGUUGAUGGCAUUGACUUGGUGUCUGAGGACUUGCAGGUCCAGAGAGGCUUGCCUGAGACCCUGGCUUCUUCUGGUCAUGAGUCCAGAUCUGACAAGGAUGUUUUGAUCAUUUUGGACACCAACUCGUAUGCUGACUUGCAAAGUGAGGGUUUGGCCAGAGAGUUGAUCAACCGUAUCCAGAGAUUGCGUAAGAAGGCUGGCUUGAACGCUACCGAUGACGUCAAUGUCGAGUACGAGUUGAAAAAGGAUACCAUCAACUUCGAGGACGUCAUCAAGGUCAACAGCGACAUGUUGCAAAAGUGUUCUCACAAUCCUUUGAGCGCUUUCACUGGUGCCUCCGAACAAGCCGUCAUCAUUAAUGAGGAACAGAGCAUCAACGACACCAUCUUCAACUUGAGAUUGUUGAAGCUCUAA